AUCAAUGUGAGUCCCUCAAACUGAGGCUGACUUACAAUAUGGAGCGUCAGAUGCUGUUGUGCUUCUACCUGUUAUCCCUCCCUGGUCUCAUAGCAUCAGGCUUAAUAGGCCAGCCUAGGAGCACUGGGAAGAGACAGACUCAGGGCACAAUCGUCAAUGGAAUAGAAAUUCAGAGUAUGAAAGUUAACUGCAGAGUCACCUCCCGAUUUGCUAAUUAUGUGAUCACCAGCCAAGCCAUCAACCAUGGCAGCUCCGCCAAGGAAAUUGUCUUUGAUGUUGAGAUCCCCAAGACAGCCUACAUUAGCAAUUUCCUCCUUACGGUGGAUGGAGUCCCAUAUCCAGGAAAUAUUAAAGACAAGGUGAUUGCCUGGAAGCAAUACCGGAAAGCUGUUGUUCGAGGAGAGACUGCAGGUCUGGUAAGGGCCUCUGGGAGGAAAAUGGAAAAAUUCAACAUUGCAGUCAACAUCGGCACUGGCAGCAAAGUCAGCUUUGAGUUGACAUAUGAGGAGCUAUUGAAGCGACACUUUGGAAAAUAUGAAAUUGUCAUUAAAGUUAAACCAAGGCAGCUGGUCAAACAGUUUGAGAUUGAAGCAGACAUCUUUGAACCACAAGAGAUCAGCAUGUUGGAUGCUCAAGCAUCUUUCCUUUCCGGGGACAUGACCCAAUUUAUUGAAAAAUCCUUCUCUGGAAAAAAGGGUCGUGUAUAUUUUAAUCCUACAAUUGAUCAACAACAGACCUGCCCCACUUGCACCAAAUCCUUGCUGGAUGGAGAUUUUACAAUAAAAUACGACGUGAAAAGAGACUCAGUCUGUGACCUGCAGGUGGUCAAUAAAUAUUUUGCACAAUUCUUUGCACCAAAAAACCUGAAGAACAUGGUCAAGAAUGUAGUUUUUGUGAUAGACAUUAGUGGAUCUAUGGCUGGUCAGAAAAUAAAGCAGACGAAGCAGGCUCUCCUUAAGAUCCUGGAUGACAUCAAGCCAGAUGAUUACUUCAAUUUCAUCCUUUUCGGGGGCCAAGUAAGAGCAUGGAAAAGUUCCCUCAUCCAGGCCACAGCUGCCAAUUUGCAGGAAGCCAGAGUCUUUGUGCAAACCUUCAAUCUUGCAGGCGCAACAAAUCUGAAUGGUGGCUUGCUAGAAGGAAUUAAUAUCCUGAAUAAGGCUCAUGAAGUUGACCCCAGGCUCAGAAAUAACGCUCCCAUCGUCAUCAUGUUGACAGAUGGUGAACCUACUGUGGGGGAGACUAAUCUUACCCAAAUCCGAAUGAAUGUCAAGAAUGCCGUGCAAGGGAAGUUUCCACUCUACAAUCUGGGCUUUGGAGAAAAUGUUGACUUUAAUUUCUUGGAGGCAAUGUCUCUGGAGAAUGAUGGGGCAGCCCGCAGAAUUUACAGAGAUAAUGAUGCGACCGAGCAGUUACAGGGCUUUUAUGAGGAAGUUGCCAACCCCCUGCUCAAAGAUGUGGAAUUCCAGUAUCCCAAGGCUUCCAUCCAAGCCCUGACAGAGAAUCGGGUCAAGCAAUUCUAUGAUGGCUCUGAAAUUGUGGUAGCUGGACAGCUCACUGAUGGUGGAAAGAAAGGCUUUAAAUCCGACGUGACCGGCCGUGGCGCAGGCCAGGAUCUGGUAACAACGUGCUCAGUCGAUGAAGAAGAGAUGGAGAAAAUUCUCCGUGAGCGGGGUCACAUGUUUGAGCAACACAUUGAAAGGCUCUGGGCUUACCUCACCAUCCAACAGUUGCUAGAAAAACGGACAAAAGCAAACAGUGAGAAGGAGGUGAAUGACCUGUCUGCCAAAGCCCUGGAGUUGUCUCUGAAAUACAAAUUUGUGACCCCUCUGACCUCCAUGGUCAUCACCAAGCCAGGAGACCCUGAUGACCAGCUUGCCAUUGCUGAUAAGCCGGGAGAAGAAGAGAUGGCUGAAUUGCAGAAAAAGCCGAGAAGGACAAUGGUGCUUCCAGCUCAACAGCAACCUCCUGCGUCUCGGGUUCCUGCUGGUCCUCAGGGUCCUCCAGCUCAUGUGACCGGUGUGGAUGGAGACCCACACUUCAUCAUCCAGGUGCCUGAGAAAGAUGAUGCUGUCUGUUUCAAUAUCAAUGAGGAGCCUGGUGUGGUGAUGAGACUCAUCCAAGAUCCAGACACAGGGAUCACAGUGAAUGGGCAGCUCAUUGGUGAUAAAAAUCAUGGCAAUGGGAAGAACAAAAACACUUAUUUUGGAAGGCUCGGGAUUAUGAACCAGAAGACGGGAUUUACAUUGGAGGUGACACCUCAGAACAUCACCCUUCAUUCUGGCAUGAAGGGACCUGUAUUUUCUUGGCUGGACCAAGUCACACUGAGGCAGGAAGGGGUGACAGUGACAAUCAUCCCGACUCGAAAACUGAUGGUUUCCAUGGACGAUGCAGCCACCAUAGUUGUCGUCUUGCACCACGUGUGGAAAAAGCAUCCCGUCCACCAAGAUUUCCUUGGGCUAUAUACAGUGGACAGCCACAAGAUGUCACCACGGACACAUGGGUUGCUGGGGCAGUUCUUCUAUUCUUUUGACUUUGAAGUUUUUGAUGUCCGGCCAGGCUCUGACCCCAAGAAGCCCGAUGCUACAAUGUUGGUGAAAAACCAUAGGCUGGCAGUUACCAGGGGCUCACAGAAAGACUAUAGAAAGGACCCCUGGCUGGGCAGUGAUGUCUCCUGCUGGUUUGUGCAUAACAACGGUGAUGGGCUGAUUGAUGGCAUCCACACUGAUUACAUCAUCCCCAGCAUAUUCUAAGUCCGACAUUUGGAAAAAUCUUUUGUUCUCCUUAUUGAGUUUGUGGUUCUGAUCACAUGAGAGCCACCUCUUAGCAUUUGUACUUGAGCUUAAAUAAGAGGAAAAGCAUCUUCAGCCUAUGGGAUGGAGAUGGAUGGAGCAAUGGUCAGCAGUUCAACAUAUCUUCUGACCUCACUCCAUUCUACUUUGUAAAUUAGAUUUCUCCCUGAGCUCUUUCAAAUUCUGUUAUGUAAUUAUGGUUGACAUAUUGUAUGCCUCAUUAAACAGUAGCUUUAUCCUGCUUCA